AUUUUCGACAGCCAUGAAUGCCAUCCUCAUUCUCUCAUGGCCAUUCUUCUUCUCUCCCUCUCUCCCCACCCACCAAAUCCUCCCCAAAACCCUAAUCCCACCACCCCAAAACCCACAAUCUCUCUCCCCACCACCACUCCCACCUCCUCCAAAAGAAACUUGAUCCUCAAGACAACCUCCCUCUUCCUCAUUUCUCUGACCCCUCAGCAAUACCCAGUUGCCCAUUCUUCACCACAAGCUCCACCGCCGCCUCCAAGACCCGCCCUUUCCGGCAUCUCCAACACGAAAAACUGGUUCCAGUUCUUCGGCGAUGGGUUCGCCAUUAGGGUCCCACCCCAGUUUCAGGACGUUCAGGAGCCUGAGGAUUACAACUCGGGAUUGUCCCUUUAUGGAGAUAAGGUAAAGCCCAAGACCUUCGCGGCGCGUUUUGCAUCUGCUGAUGGAUAUGAGGUUGUGAGUGUUGUUAUUCGCCCAUCCAAUUCACUCAAGAUCACCUUUUUAGAGGCCAAAGACAUAACAGAUUUAGGUUCCUUGAAGGAGGCAGCAAAAAUCUUCAUUCCAGUUGGAUCAACUGUAUACUCUGCCCGAGCUAUAAGGAUAAAGGAAGAAGAAGGUUUUAGGACUUAUUAUUUCUACGAGUUUGGUGUGCAAGAACAGCAUGCAGCUCUUGUAGCUGCUGUUAACGGUGGAAAGGUUUGUCAACACACAUACAUCGCUGGAGCAACUGCCCCGCAGUCUAAGUGGAACGAUGAUGGCGUGAAGCUUCGCUCGGCUGCUAUAUCCAUGACUGUUCUAUAGUCGUUUAUGAAUGUCGAGUUUGAAAGGCGGCUUUCAGCUUAAAUUUUUUGAAACGUAUACGAUUCAGAGUCACCUGGAGACGGUGUGGAAGCAGAAUAGCUUGUAUCAAAAACUUACAGUCGAGGGUCCUCGCAUCAUUGUUGAGAUUUUACAAGGGCAUUCCUUGUCGAAACUAUGUUGACAGUUUGAGCUCUGUGCAGUUCUUUCGAGUUCUUGUUCAACUCAUUAGCUUGUCACUCUGAUCAUUACUGGUGAUUAGCUCCGUUUUAAUUCGAGCUUUGUUAAACUAAUGUAAUUAAAAGUAGGCAUUUUAGCUAAAA